AUGCAGCUCAUUUCUACUUUAAUGAUGUUUAAGUCAAUAAUUUGGUUAACUGAGCUGAGUCCAUUAACAUGUAAAGCUGACCCGGUCAGCUGCCGACUGUGGACUGAGCCUCAGUUCCCUAGUCUUUACAAGAAUGGAGACUUUAUAAUAGGAGGCAUUUUUUCUUUUCACGUCUACGCGAGAUCAGAGCAGAACACCUACACCAGACAGCCACUUCAGCCUCAGUGCACGGGGAGUAUGAAUUUCAGGGAGCUGCGCUUCGGACGUGCCAUGGAGUUCACCAUCCACGAAAUCAACAACAGAACAGAUCUCCUUCCGGGAAUCACGUUAGGAUACCAGAUCCACGACUCGUGCGCUGCAGUGCCGAUGUCUGUUAAAGUUGCGUUUCAGUUUGCAAACGGCAUGGAACCAUUUUACAAUGAUACUGAUUCCUGUUCAAAAUCUGCAGCCGCCGCUGUUCCUGCUGUGGUGGGAGAGUCUAAUUCCUCCCCCUCCAUCAGUAUGGUUAGAAUGCUGGGUCUUUUUGGAAUUCCGCAGGUGAGUCACUACGCAACCUGCGCAUGUCUGAGCGAUAAGCGUCAGUAUCCUACCUUUUUCAGGACCAUACCAAGUGACCACCACCAAGCAGCCGCACUAGCAAGAAUGGUCAAGCAUUUCGGCUGGACAUGGAUUGGGGCAGUGCGCAGCGACACAGACUAUGGAAAUUAUGGAAUGGCGUCGUUUCUAAAGGCUGCGCAGGAGGAGGGAAUCUGUGUGGAGUACUCCGAGGUGUUUUACAGAACAGAUCCUCUCAGUAAAGUGGAGAGAGUGGCGAACGUCAUCCGGAGAUCAACAGCCCGGGUACUAGUAGCGUUUAUUAACGCAAGCGAACUGAAAGUUCUCUUGGAAGUGCUGAAAAGACAGCCGCCGCCUUACAUUCAGUGGAUCGGCAGCGAAACUUGGAUCACCCAUCCAGAUUUUCGAAAAUAUAACAUGUGCGCUGGGGCGAUAGGAUUUGGGAUCCCCCGCUCGGUGAUUCCAGGUCUUCGUGAGUUUCUUCUGGAUCUUUCUCCAGUAGAAGCAUCGAAAACAGCUCUGCUGACGGAGUUUUGGGAGAGCUCGUUCAGCUGUAGCCUAAAAGGCUCUUUGGGGGGCGCGCGGGAAUGUGACGGCAGUGAGGAUAUCCGCGCGCUGCAGAACCCGUAUACAGACAUGUCGCAGCUGCGCAUCACUAACAUGGUGUAUAAAGCUACGUAUGCCAUAGCGCAUGCCAUCCACGGUGUUAUCUGUAAUGACACGCAGUGCGACAAGAGCGCUAAAUUCACACCAUGGCAGAUACUUGAUCACCUCAAGAAAGUGAACUUCACUACCAACAAUGGUUAUCAGGUCUCAUUUGACUCCAGUGGUGAUCCUGUGGCUGUCUAUGAGCUCAUAAAUUGGCAGAUUAAAAACGAUGGUUUAAUAGAUUUUGUCACAGUUGGCCACUAUGACUCAUCCAAACCAAGAGGACAAGAAUUCAAUAUGAGCACAGAUAUCAUCUGGCUGGGGGAACAGACAGUGGUGCCAAGAUCUGUGUGCAGUGAGAGCUGCCCUCCAGGAACCAGGAAGGCUGGGCAGAAAGGAAGACCAGUCUGCUGCUAUGACUGUAUACCAUGUGCAGAAGGAGAGAUCAGCAACAAGACAGACGCUUUAAACUGUGCACAAUGUCCUCCUGAGUUCUGGCCAAAUACCAAGCAAGACAGCUGCCUCCCCAAGCCUGUGGAGUUCCUGUCCUGGGACGACACUCUGAGCAUCAUUCUUACAGCAUUUUCUAUUGCUGGGGCUUUCAUAGCUGUAAGUGUAGCUGCUGUGUUUUAUAAACACAGAAUCUCCCCUAUCGUCCGAGCCAAUAACUCAGAGCUGAGCUUUCUGCUGCUUUUCUCUUUGGCCCUCUGUUUCCUCUGCUCACUUACUUUCAUUGGUCGGCCCUCUGAGUGGUCCUGUAUGCUGCGUCACACAGCGUUUGGGAUCACCUUCGUCCUCUGCAUCUCCUGUGUUCUGGGGAAAACAAUAGUGGUGUUAAUGGCCUUCAGAGCUACACUUCCAGGCAGUAAUGCCAUGAAAUGGUUUGGGCCUCCACAGCAGAGACUCAGUGUUCUCACCUUCACUCUCAUACAGGUCUUAAUUUGUGUUAUUUGGUUAACUAUUUCACCCCCUUUUCCUUUAAAAAAUUCAAAGCACUACAAGGAAAGAAUUAUUUUAGAAUGUGGAUUAGGUUCAGCUAUUGGUUUCUGGGCUGUGCUGGGUUAUAUAGGGUUUCUGGCUCUUUUGUGUUUUAUUUUGGCUUUUCUAGCUCGGAAGCUGCCUGACAACUUUAAUGAAGCCAAGUUCAUCACAUUCAGCAUGCUCAUAUUCUGUGCAGUGUGGGUUACAUUUAUCCCAGCUUAUGUCAGCUCUCCUGGAAAAUUCACUGUAGCUGUAGAGAUAUUUGCAAUUCUGGCCUCAAGCUUUGGGUUGGUUAUUUGUAUUUUUGCUCCCAAAUGUUUCAUAAUCAUGUUUAGACCAGAGCAGAAUACCAAGAAACACCUUAUGGGUAAAGCACCCUCCAAUUCUCUUUGA